GGAGGGAGAGCGGGGAGUGAGGUGGAGAGGGGCGGGCCUGCGUGCGCCCCCCUUCCCCGCGCUGCCAGCGCCCUCCCAGCCCAGCCGGCCACAUCUGGCUGCUGCCCUCCCUUGUUUCCGCCGCUUCCAGACUUCCUCCGGCGGUGGCUGGAGGCUGCUCAUCUGAGGCUUUAACCGUACAAAGGGACUGCCAGGACCUGCAAGAACAGGCGGCGGCGCGGGCUGGGUCGCGGGGGCCGCACCAUGCGCCACUGAGCCGGGCGAAGCCAGGCUACCGAGUUCAGCCGCCCUAGGAGCACCAGCCAGGCGGCGAGGCGGCCACACGCCCCGAGCCAGCGACCGCCGGGCGACGCGCGGGGCCCGGGAGCGCAAUGACCGAGGCGCGAGCGGUGCGGGGCGCGCUCGGCAGCCCGCUGCGGGCGCUCUGCGUCCUGGGCUGCCUGUUGGGCCGCGCUGCCGCCGCGCCGUCGCCCAUUAUCAAGUUCCCUGGAGAUGUCGCCCCCAAAACGGACAAAGAGUUGGCUGUGCAAUACCUGAACACCUUCUACGGCUGCCCCAAGGAGAGGUGCAACCUGUUUGUGCUGAAGGACACGCUGAAGAAGAUGCAGAAGUUCUUCGGGCUACCCCAGACAGGUGACCUCGACCAGCGCACCAUCGAGACCAUGCGGAAGCCACGCUGCGGCAACCCAGAUGUGGCCAACUACAACUUCUUCCCCCGCAAGCCCAAGUGGGACAAGAACCAGAUCACAUACAGACUUCCUCCGGCGGUGGCUGGAGGCUGCUCAUCUGAGGCUUUAACCGUACAAAGGGACUGCCAGGACCUGCAAGAACAGGCGGCGGCGCGGGCUGGGUCGCGGGGGCCGCACCAUGCGCCACUGAGCCGGGCGAAGCCAGGCUACCGAGUUCAGCCGCCCUAG